GUGUUUUUGUUCGUGUUGCGUUGCCACCUAACUUUUGACAUUUAGCAGUUAAAAAUGGCGUCUCGUGGGGCUGCUUCGAGGCGUGUGCCUGAAAAUGACUCUACGAUUGCUUACGUGCAAGCCGACGGCCUGGCCGUCAUGAAAAUUGUAAAACACUGCCAUGAAGAAUCGACCACUAACAUGGACAUAGCCCAAGGGGCUCUCCUUGGUCUAGUCGUUGAAAACCGGCUUGAAAUUACGAACUGUUUCCCAUUUCCCAAACAAACGGAUGAGACAAUGGACGAAGAUGAGUACCAAUUGGCGAUGAUGCGGCGCCUGCGACGCGUUAACGUUGACCAUUUCCAUGUGGGGUGGUACCAAAGCGCUGACGUUGGGAAUUUCCUCAGCCUCCCCCUCCUCGAAUCGCAAUUCCACUACCAAACCUCAAUUGAGGAGUCCGUCGUUGUGAUAUACGACACUCAAAAGUCCUCGCGUGGGUUCCUCACACUUAAAGCCUAUCGCUUGACCCCUCAAGCUAUCGAGAUGUACAAAGAGGGCGAAUUCACCCCAGAAGCGCUUUUGAAACUCAAAGUCGGGUAUGAAAAUCUCUUCAUUGAGGUCCCCUUCGUCAUUAAAAACUCCCCCUUGACCAAUAUCAUGAUGUCCGAAUUGCAAGAACUCGUCCCGGAAGAAGAAGGCUCGAAAUUUUUAGAUUUGGGGACAGCGUCGGUUCUCGAGGGGCAAUUGCGGUGUCUCAUGGACCGCGUUGAUGAACUCAAUCAAGAAGCGAUUAAGUUUAAUAGAUACCAACAGUUGGUCAGCAGACAACAGCAAGAUAAACAUAGAUAUUUGCAAAAGAGGGCACAGGAAAAUGCAGCUAGGGCUGCGAAAGAUGAGCCCCCAUUGCCCGAAGAGGACAUUAAUAAGUUGUUCAGGCCACAUCCGGUGCCCCCGAGACUUAAUCCGAUGAUUAUCGCAGGACAGAUUAAUACAUACAGUCAGGCUAUUUCACAGUUGUGUUCUCAGAGUUUGGCUAAAUUGUAUAUUACGCAAGCGUUACAGAAUGCCAAGGAGGCGAAUUCUAAUCCUUGAAGUGUAUUUUGUUACGUUGUUUGACAAUAAAUUAACAUGCAAAG